UUGGACUUCAAAAGAUGCAACAUGAGUAUCAUCCGAUGUUUGCACAAAAUCUAACUCCACAGCAACAGCAAAUGUACCAGCAACAUAUGCAAUUACAACAUCAUGCACAACACCUCAAGAAGAUCAGAAGAUCCCUGCCCAACUCUUCUAAUCUUGCCUUGGAAUCUACUCUUACACAAGGGCAACUACAAAAACAGAAGAAGGACCUCAAUGUUAACGUUCUCGGAGGAGCGUCGCUAGGGUCAAGUUUGGGUAUGCAGCAAGUAGGUUCUGGAGGAUACCUGACUCAAGGGGUGCUGCUGGGGAACCAGUUGAUCACGAUAGCUAUAGACACUUAUUCCCCAUGUCAAAAUCCUCCCCUAGCUACAGCCCUGGACUUUUACACAUUUCCUGUAUGA